AUGCAAAGAACCGUCGUUACCAUCAACAGCAAUGGCCGCCAAUCGGCGAGCUUCAUCCGAGUUGCAUCGGCGCUGGGAUGGCAGGUGCGCGCGCAGAUGCGGGACUUGAACGGCGUUGUGGCGCAAGAGAUAUCGGAACUGGAGAACGUCACCGUGUACGUUGGCCGCCUGGAAGACCGCAAGUUUCUCGACGACCUGUUCCGGAGCGCGCAGUGCGCAUUUAUAAACACGACGCACUGGGGGGACGAGGUGGCCGUCGGUCGAUCCUUGGCCGACGCGGCGAAAAAGGCCGGGAUCCAACACUACAUCUACUCGAGCAUGCCAGACCACUCAGUCUUUGGCCAGCCCUGGAGAUCACUACCACUGUGGGCGCCAAAAUUCACCGUGGAGCAAUACAUCCGCCAGAUUGGCCUGCCUGCGACUUUUGUGUACUGUGGCAUUUACCACAACAACUUUACCGGCCUGGAUUUCCCUCUGUUCCGCAUGGAAUGCCAGUUGGAUGGCAGCUUUGUAUGGCAGGCCCCUUUCCACCCAGAUAUGCCACUCCCAUGGCUGGAUUCCGAGCAUGAUGUAGGGCCCGCCCUAUUCCAGCUAUUCAAGGAAGGCCCACGGAAGUGGAACGGCAAGCGGGUACCGCUGGCGUUUGCAUCCAUGACGCCGAGAGAAGUGUGCAAAGCAUUCAGUCGAGGGCUCGGGAGAUCCGUCCGGUAUAAGCGGGGCCCCGUGAUGAUCAACGUGCCAACACCCAUUGGGUACCGAGAGCAUCUAUCCGCACUCGAGUACACGCUUGGCGAGAAGGGCGCUCCUUACUUUGGACCGGACAUUGAACCGGAUUGCCCAGACGCGGCGCUGGAGCUGUGGGAAGGCAAUCGGUCGAUGGAGGAGUACGCACGGGAAGUGUUCCCUGUAGAGGAGGCCGCCAACGGUCUGACAUGGAUGGAAGAGGUAGAGACGCCACGCCGAGAGGUCGAGCUCGACCUGCACAACACGAUCAACUGCUGACUCCUGGAUUUGUUCUCGCAGGGCCAAGUACAAGCGCCGUAUCAGUAUCCGUACGGCGACGGGACCAACGGCAUCAGCGGCAUCAGCGGUCUCGCCGACCAGCUCAACCAGGCCCGACUUUGA